AUGGCUGACCAAGAGCCGUCUGGCAGCAUUGCGCCUCCGCCUUCAUCUACCCCUAGUCCCCCACCAACAACUAUGGAAUAUCCAUUUGCAACCUCACCCGAUAUCCUCCGCACGCACCAGAAGGACGCCUACAUCACAGGAAGCAUCUCGUCGCAAGCAUCUACGAUCCUGCGCGCCCUCCUCGGCGCUCGUUUCGCACACAAAUACUCCGAAGCCACAAACCAACUCUCCGAACUCCUUUACCUCUGCAUCACUACACUUCUGGGAAACCGGACGCUGGGCGAGGAGUAUUGCGACGUGAUCCAAGUGGAGGACGACACAUUAAGACUUGCGGGCCUGGGAAGAAGAGUCGGGUACAUCGCCAGUGUGGUGUUUGCGCCCUGGAUUCUGGGAAAAUCUCUCCCUGCGCUGAGGAGAAGACUGAGGAGUAAACUCGAGUGGAACAUCGAACAUGCCAAACAGAAACAGCAGCAUAGCAACUCCAGACGCUCCCCUUCACCCAGGAGCCUCAAGUUACAAGAAUACAUCCUCAAACACCUCGAUACCUUGACCUCCCUCCAGCCUAUCUACGCCUUGAGUCUCGCAGUCUUCUACUUCACAGGGGCGUACUACCACAUCGCCAAGCGACUGUUUGGGCUGCGCUACGUCUUCACGAAACAGAUCAAGCCUAACGAAGAGCGGGUCGGGUACGAAGUCUUGGGGGUACUGCUCGUGCUGCAAAUGGCCGUGCAGUCGGUGCUGCACGUUCGAGAGACAUACAUGGACGCGACAGCGUCCACAACAGGGGCAGAGACAGCGGGGCAUGCCAGCACGGCGGCCAUGCUCGCCAACGGGAUCGAGAUCCCCAUCCCCUCGAGCCUCGAGACCUCUUCGACCGGCCAACUGCUCUCAGCCGUCUCCGUACCCUCCCAUCUCCCACCGGGACUGUCGGCGAACACGGCGACCCCGAUCCUCGACGCCCCGCGCUACGCCCUCGAGGAGCACGACGAGACCAUGGCCUGGAUCCCCGCCGGCCACCAGCGCAAAUGCACCCUGUGUCUCGAGCCGUUCCGCGACCCGAGCGUGACCACGUGCGGCCACGUCUUUUGCUGGACCUGCGUGCAGGACUGGGUCAAGGAAAAAGCAGAGUGUCCCUUGUGCAGACAGAGCGUGCUUAGCCAGAAGGUCCUGCCGCUGAGAGGGUAA